CACUUGCUCUAUUUACCUCCCAGAGAUGAAAGAAAAAGUGUUUACCUUGGGUAAGACUGUCUGUAACGGAGCUGUGAUUUUCUAAUCUAUAAAAUGGGGGAAUUUUAAUUCCUUUUUUGUUUAAAAUGAUGACAAGAGUUUCUAGGAAUGUUUUUCCCUUUGCAGUUCUCAUCAUAUGAAACAUUUUUUUCCCCCUUAACCAGGCAGUUGCAGUGGUGCAGAAUGGCAGACCUCAGUCUUGCAGAUGCAUUAACAGAGCCACCUCCAGAAAUUGAGGAAGAGAUAAAACGGGACUUUAUUGCCACACUGGAGGCAGAGGCCUUUGAUGAUGUUGUGGGAGAAACUGUUGGAAAAACAGACUAUAUUCCUCUACUGGAUGUUGAUGAGAAAACCGGGAAUUCGGAGUCGAAGAAGAAACCAUGCUCAGACACUAGCCAGGCUGAAGGUACUUCAUCUUCUCAAGCAACAGUGCUUGCCAACGGUGACCACGGAAUAGAAGGGAAUGAUGCCACUGGGUCUCCAACUGAAUUCCUUGAAGAGAAAAUGGCCUACCAGGGAUAUCAGAACAGCCAGAACUGGCCAGAAAAUACAAACUUUUGCUUUGAACCCGAGCAAGUGGUGAAUCCUAUCCAGACUGAUCCCUUUAAGAUGCACCAUGAUGACAGCCUGGAAGAUUUGCUCUUUCUCCCCAGUGGAACAACCAGUGCUUCAGCAUCUGCAGAACAAAAUGACCCCCUGAAAGACAGUUAUGGUGUGUUUCCCUGUGACACAUUUGCUCCUGCAGCUGUUGUUCCUCAGGGGUGGCCUGUGGAAGCUCCAAACCCUCCACAUUCAGAAUCCUUCAUUUCCCCUGAGGCCAUUACACAGCCUCUGCAGCCUACAGCAGAGCCUGCUAAGGAGGUAGAAAUGGCAUCAGCAGAAGAGAGAGCACCAGCAAAAGCAAUGGAAAUGAUGAUGGGACUGAAGGCUGCUAACAUGGCACCAUCUCGAGAAUCAGAGAUGGUCCUGGCCAAGGAUGUGGCGCCAGCCACAGAAACAGAGUUGGCAUUGGCUAAAGACACGGAACCACCUACCGAACCAGAUGUGGCCCUGGCCAAGGACAUGGAAUCAUCCAUCGAACCAGAUAUGGCGUUAGUCAAGGACGUGGUACUACCCCUAGAAACAGAGGCAACCCCAGUUAAGGACAAUGUAUUGCCCACAGAAACAGAUGUGUCUUUGGCCAAGGACGUGGUACUGCCCACAGAAACAGAGGUAACCCCAUCCAAGGACAUACUACUAUUCAAAGAAACAGAGAGGACACCACCUGUAAAAAUGGAUUUGGCCCCAACUGAGGGCAUGGUACCACCUACAGACCGAGAGGUGGCCCCACCCAAGGGUGUAGCAUCACUUUCAGAAAUAGAGGUGCCACUGGAUGAGGAUGUUGUGUCAUCCACAGAAAUAUCCUUAGCCAAGGAGGUAGCCCUGUCCUCAGAAACAGAGGAGGCCCUGACUGGGGAUAUGGUACUACCCCCAGAAACAGAGGUGGCCCUAGUCAAGAACAUGGCUGCACCUCCAGAAACAGAAGUCACCCCAAUCAAGGACAUGGCUCCACCCCCAGAAGUAGAGAUGGCCCUGAGCAAGGACGUGGCUCCACCUCAAGAAACAGAGGUGGCCCUGGGCAAGGACAUGGUUUCAUCUCCAGAAACAGAGGUGGCCCUGGGCAAGGACAUGGUUUCAUCUCCAGAAACAGAGAUGGCCCUGGGCAAGAAUGUGGCUCUACCCCUACAAACGGAGGUGACCCUGGCCAACAAUGUGGCUCCAGCCAAGGAUGUUGCAGCAUCCUCAGAAGCAGAGGUGGCACCAGUUCCUGUUAAGGACAUGGAAACUGCACGGACACAGGAAGAAACAAGUGAGGAUUCCCAGUUAGAAUCUCUCCAGGAUGAAGGACAGUCAGCUGUACCUCCUCUCAUGAUUUCAGCAGAAGCAGUCACAGCCAUGGGCCAAAAGCACAACUUGCCAACAGAUGAGGAUUCUGUGUCAGAGGAACUAGAGCAAAAGAAACCGUUCAGUAGUCAACCUUCUGAACUUCCUUCAGAGACCUCAGGAAUAGCCAAACUAGAAGAAGGACGGCUUACUGGGAGUGUGACCGGAAAUGACAUCACCGCCCCUCCAAACAAGGAGCUCCCACCAAGCCCAGAGAAGAAAACAAAGCCUUUGGCCACCACUCAACCUGCAAAGACUUCAACAUCGAAAGCCAAAACACAGCCCACUUCUCUCCCUAAGCAGCCAGCUCCCACCACCUUUGGUGGGUCGAAUAAAAAACCCAUGAGCCUUGCUUCAGGCUCAGCACCGGCUGCCCCACCCAAACGCCCAGCUGCUGCCACUGCCAGGCCUUCCACCUUACCUUCAAAAGACGGGAAGCCCAAGCUUGUUGCAGAGGCAAAGAUUCCUGAGAAGCGGGCCUCGCCAUCCAAGCUGGUCUCUGCCCUGGCCGGUAGGCCUGGCUCCAAGAGCACCCAGACUGUUCCAAAAGCCACAGCAGCUGCCACUCUUGCCUCAGCUGGGCCAAGCAGUAGGAGCCCCUCUACACCCCUGCCCAAGAGGCCCGCUGCGGUCAAGACUGAGGGGAAACCUGCAGACAUCAAGAAGAUGGCUACAAAGUCUGCACCAGCUGACGCGAGUCGCCCAAAGAGCACCUCCACCAGUUCCGUGAAGAAAAGCGCUGCCAUCCCUGGGGCGGCACCCCCAGCAGGGGUGACUCCCAGCCGUGUCAAGCCCACAGCCACACCUCCCCGGCCCUCUGGGACUCCUUCCGUGGACAAGAAGCCCACGUCAGCCAAGCCCAGCUCCUCUGCCCCAAGGCUGGGCCGCGUGGCUACCAAUGCUUCUGCCCCUGAUCUGAAGAAUGUCCGUUCCAAGGUUGGCUCCACCGAAAACAUCAAGCACCAGCCUGGAGGAGGCCGGGCCAAAGUAGAGAAAAAAACAGAGGCAGCUGCUCCAGCUCGAAAGCCUGAACCUAACGCAGUCACUAAGGCAGCCGGCCCAAUUGGCAGUGCACAGAAACCGCCUGCUGGGAAAGUUCAGAUUCAGAAUAAGAAGGUGGACAUCUCUAAGGUCUCCUCCAAGUGUGGGUCCAAGGCUAACAUUAAGCACAAGCCUGGUGGAGGAGAUGUCAAGAUCGAAAGUCAGAAGCUGAACUUCAAGGAGAAGGCCCAGGCGAAGGUGGGAUCCCUUGAUAACGUGGGCCACCUGCCCGCAGGAGGUGCCGUGAAGACUGAGGGCGGUGGCAGCGAGGCCCCUCCGUGUCCGGGCCCCCCAGCUGGGGAGGAGCCGGCCGUCCCUGAGGCAGCGCCUGAAGCUGGCGCCCCCACUUCAGCCAGUGGCCUCAGUGGCCACACCACCCUGGCAGGGGGUGGUGACCAAAGGGAGGCCCAGACCUUGGACAGCCAGAUCCAGGAGACAAGUAAGUGGCUGGGCUCGGCCUAAGGGCCAGCCAGGGGCCCUGCCACUGGCUGCAGAUUGAAACUCCUUUGUUUUCUGACCGGAGUGUGGCCUGAAUUUUAACGAAGCAACCUUUUAUUUUCCAGGCAUCUAAUGAUGACAUUCUGGUCUCGUCUUCUGUUCCCCGUGUUCCCCUUCUUGUCUCCCCCGUCACCCUCUCCCUUCCCUCCUCCUGUGUCACUGCAGAUUGAGACCUACAGGCUGACGUUCCGGGCAAAUGCCAGGGCCCGCACCGACCAUGGGGCCGACAUUGUCUCCCGCCCCCCUC